AUGACUUCCGCUUCAAGGACAGCAUGUAGAACUAUCCUGCGUGGCGCCCCCACCCCCACCUCAAAGCGCAGCAUCUUACACUCUGCUCGAGCAGCCGCAGCCGCAGCUUCUUCAUCUUCUUCCAGCACCUCCUCUUCCAGCACCUUCUCUGAGACACCAUGGCAACCCUUACUCAAACCCGGCAUACUGCCAGCAUACGACGAAGCACUCUCCUAUCUCUCCUCCCACUCCUCCCACCUUCGCUCACGCCUCUCCACCAUAGACACCGACUACGCUUCUCUUUCCCCUGCCGACCGCGCCCUUCUUAAAGAAUCGUAUCAAAUCGCAGCUAGCAUCAACGACCCUUCUCUUCUCGCUGCAUUCCAAUCCUCCUCUCCCACCACAUACGAUGCUUCCAACCCUGCCUUUCGACAUCUUCGAGAGCGAGUUUGGCGUAAGGACUCCGGUGUACUAGCGAAGCUGAUGGAGAGGUGUAGAUUGAUGCAUAUCUUUCCGGAUGUUUUGUCGGCGAUUACGCCCGUGGUUGAUGUGCAGUUGAGCUUUGGCGAGGGAGGAGGGUAUACGGAUCAUAUCAGUCAAGGCGGGGAUGUGUUGGCCGGGGUGUUUGUUCCCGUGGCAGAUUCGGUUAAGGCUCCCAAAGUUGAGGUGAACGUCUUCCACACCGAGCCUAAAAAGUACACACUUGCAAUAGUGGAUCCCGACCAACCGAACGAAGAGACACAGAGCUAUAAGACGAGCUUGCUGGCGCUCAAAACCGAUAUUAGUCUCUCUGCCACGAGCUCCCCUCUGAUUGAUUUGGGUAAAGAUAUGGCAGUAGAGUACAUCCCCCCCCAUCCACAACAAGGAACAAACUAUCACCGCUACACAACCAUCCUUUUCGAACAAACCUCUACCUCCUCCGGUGGAAGAAAGGUAGAGGUGGGUGAUAGAGAUGACUUCAACCUAAAAGACUACGUGGAAAGGAAAGCAUUGACCCCGGCAGGAAUUCACUUUUGGCGAGCCAAAUGGACUCCCGAAUCCGCCGAAACGGUCAGCAAGGUAUACAAGCAAGUGUUGAAGAGAGAUGAACCGAAAUAUACAAAGCCUCCUGCGCUGGAUAAGGUGAGGAAGGUUGUUGGUGAUGCUGGAAGUAAGUGGUUCUAA